CAAGCAGCAGCCCUUUUUCUGUAAAGCUCCUCCUCAAUUCUGCGUCCUUCUCUCGUGCCAUUUGUAGACUUGCAUCAGGCGUAUUUUUCCUCUUUUUCUUGCUCUUCAUUUGCUGACUCCGCCGCCGCCGCUGCCGCCGCCCAUACCAGACAAAUGCCGCUCCAAAUUUCUCAGCUCCCGCACAAGGAGCAGACGCUGUUCCGAUCAGCUCUGAAGCUGUUUGAGGUUAGACAAUACAAGAAGGGGUUGAAGACCGUCGAGCAGAUCCUGAAAAAGUUCCCGCAACACGGCGAGUCGCACGCAGUGAAGGGUCUGUUUUUGGCCAAUCUCGAUCGCAAGGACGAGGGCUAUGCGAGUCUGAGAAAGGGCCUGGAAAUCGACCCCAACAGCUCGCUGUGCUGGCAGAUCAGCGGCCUGGUGCACCGCCUCGACGCCAACUACGUCGAGUCGUCCAAGAGCUUCGCCAAUGCCUUGAAGACCGAUUCGGAGAACAUUCAGAUCCUGCGCGAUCUGGCCCAGAUGCAGGUCCAGCUGCGCCAGUUCGACCAGCUGGUUGAGACGCGGCUGAAACUGGUCAAGGUCAACCCGGGUGACCCCAUGUUCUGGCUCGGGCUGGCCGUGGCCCACCAGAUGAACAAGCGCAAGUGGAAGCUCAACGUGGCUGCCAUGCUGAGCAAGUCUGAGUUCAGUGAGCUGCUUCUGUACAAGAACUGGCUGAUGGAGCUCAACGGCGACUAUAACGACGCCCUGGACAACCUGAAGGAGAUCCACAGCCGCAUUGUCGACAUUACCGCGUGGAAGGUCCAGAAGGCCAGGCUGCUGCUCCAGGUCGGCCGCAAGGAGGUCGCUGCUGCUGCCUACCAGGAUCUGAUCGAGCGCAACCCGGACAAUAACGAGUAUGUGCGUGGGUAUCUGUCCUGCAAUGGCCUGGAUCUGGCCAACUCGGCCGACCACUCCGCCAUCAUCGAGGUCCUGGAAAUGCUGGAGGAGCAGUUCCCGCGCUCCAACUCGCUCAAAUUCCUGCCACUGACCUUCUGCGAAGGCGAUAACUUUGCUCGUGCUGCCGACAAGAUGGCCAAGCAUGCGCUGCGCAAGGGCAUCCCAUCGCUAUUCACCAGCUUCAAGAGCCUCUACAACGACGCAGCCAAGAGCAAGGCACUCGAGGAUCUCUUUGAAAAGUACCACGGCGCGAUCAGCAGCUCGAAGCGCUUCGACAACUCGACCGCGGAUGAGCCCGAAUCGGCCUUGGUCUGGAUCCUGUUCUACCUGGCCCAGCACUUUGACUACCACACUGACUACGAGCGUGCGCUGAGCUACAUUGAAAUGGCCAUCUCCAAGUCGCCCGAGACCGUCGAGCUGUUUAUGGUCAAGGCCAAGAUUCUCAAGCAUGCCGGCGACACGCAGAGCGCGCGCGACACGAUGGACGUAGCCCGACAGAUGGACAUCAAGGACCGCUUUGUCAACUCGAAGACUGUCAAGUACAUGCUGCGCAACAGCGAGGUCGACGAGGCAGAGAAGACCAUGGUGAUGUUUGUGCGCGAGGACGCGCCGCACAAGAUCCAGGAGAUCGUCGACAUGCAGGCGAUCUGGUACAUGCAGGAGCGCGGCGAUGCCUACAACCGGCUGGGCGAUCUGGGCCGUGCGCUCAAGCAGUACCACCAGGUGCAGGUGUCGUUCGACGCGUAUUACAACGACCAGUUUGACUUCCACCAGUACUCGCUACGCAAAUUCACCAUGCGCUCAUACGUCGACAUCCUUGCAGUGGGAGGACACUCUGUACUCACACCCGGUUUACACUGCCUCGGCCCACGCCGCCAUCAACCGAUCCCGGCCUCAGACGAGAACAAGCGUGUGACGCGCAACGGCACAUCCAAGCAGGGCAACCACACCCUAUCCGCUGGCGUCGGCGAGGCCAAGCCGGCGGCUGUCGACAAGGACCCGAGCGGGUCCGAGUACGUCGAAUCCGCAGACCUGCUGGCCGACGGGCUGAAGUUUGUCGAAGCGCUGGAGAAAUUUGCUGGCGACCAGCCGCAGACCCAUCUGUCGGCAUUUGAGGUGCAUCUGCGCAUGAACAAGUACUUCCUUGUGCUCAAGGCGAUCAACGCGCUGAAGACAGCCGACCCCGCCCACCCGGCCCUGAUCCCCUGGCCUAAGAGCUACGGUGCCUUGAGCGGCCUCGACACCUACAUGACCGAAAACGCUGCGUCGCUGCCCCACGUGCUGGCCGCUUGCCAUGCCCUGCUGGCCAUGGACGCUAAUGCGAACAAGGAACGCGUCAAGGCUGCCAUGCUGUCGGCUGCGGCUCCGGAAUUCGGCAGCGCUCGUACUAUUGAAAGCCUGCUGGCCGCCAAGGCACUGGCGAUCAAGGCUGGGGCUGAGCCGAGCGAUAUCGACAAGUUUGCGGUGGCUGCCAAGCAAGUAUACCCGAUGUCUAGCUGCUUCUAA